GGGUCUAGAUCAAAAAAAAAAGAACAGCAUUCCACAGCCACCUACCACAAUCUUUUUAACAGGUCGGCAUCCCGACUGCGGAAUACUCGGCUGCUUCGCACCACUCCCCAACCCGCCCGCGCUGGGCUCCAUCGCCGCGCAUCGCCGCAAUGGCGCCGGCAGACAGUCUCUCCCCGCCGGGGUCGAGUUCCUACUCGUCCGACACCUUGACGGUGGGCGACGGGACAUGGGAUUUUACCAAGAACACAUUCUUGCUACCGAACCUAGUGGGACUGAACUUUGAGACUAUGCGGUACAAUGGAAUGGGGAAUCGCUUUGCGACACUGACGGAAUAUCACUCCCUAAUUCUCGGGCACGGCGUCCUUGCUGCGAUAACGUUUCUUUUCAUCGUCCCCAUCGCCGUCUUGCUAGCCAGGUUCUAUACCCGCCAACCAGGGAAUGCCGUCCGCUACCACGCAUACUUGCAAAUCCUCGCCGUCGGCCUCAGUACCGUUAUUUUCGUCCUCGGGUUUAUUGCCGUGGGUCCACCACGCAACCUGACGAACCCUCACCAUGGCAUUGGCGUCGCCAUCUACGUCCUCAUCCUGCUCCAGGCCUUUGGCGGUCGCCUAGUCAGCAAGCUCACUGGCCGCUCGUUUCGGCUGCACGUCCACCGUUGGUCUGGCCGGGCUAUCACAAUUCUGGGUAUCGUGCAGGUUCCCCUGGGCCUAACGCUCUACGGGUCGCCCAAGCACCUGUUCAUCCUUUACGCCGUGUGGAUGGGCUUUUUGCUGGUGCUCUACUUCAUCCUGGACUACCGCGACUACGGCCGUCGGGAUUUCAACAGGGGUCGUGCUCACAGCAGCCAUGUGGGAGCCGGAGACGAAAGCAGCAGAGUUACCGAGAAGUCCGGCGGCGGCAUGAUGAAGUGGCUCGGCCCACUUGCCGCUGGCGCCGGCGCAUUGGCACUACUCAAGGGCCGCAAGAAGAAUAAGGACACCGAGCGAGGUAUGAGUCGGAGCCCUAGCCCAGUGGGCCGGCCGCACCGCGCGACGGUCAUUUCCUCGCGGCGAGAAUCGGAUAGCUACUACGACGAGAAACAUCCGGACCAGCGGCGCGUCAGCCGCGUCAGCGGCGGAGACGGCGGAGGCGGCUUCAUGAAUAAGAUCUUUGGGGCCGGCGCCGGACUGGGUGCUGCAGCGCUAGUGGCCAAGAUGAUGAACCGCGGAGACAGACGCCACGAUGAUGAGUAUUCGGCCGUCGCGACCGACACGCCAAGCCGUGUGCGCAGACAUCCGCCGCCGAGGAGUGAGUUCACCGAAAGCGAGUAUACCGACUUCACAGAGGACACCCGCAGGUACCCGAGCCGUCGCGACGCAGAUUCAUCCAUCCUCCCUGCUCCUCGCCCCCACGCCGGCGGCGGCAGACCCCCGAGGCCUAUGACCCCGCAACGUUCGCACGCGGCAACAUCCCGAUUUGACAGCACUAUUGAUGGCUCAGAUUAUUCAUCGUACGUUAGCCCCUCUAGGAGAACCUCGGAGCCUCCGCGAAAGAACAGCGGCGCUGGAAAGGGGCUCCUUGCCGGAAUGGGGCUGGGGUUUCUGGCCAAGAUGGGCAAGGACAAGCGGGAUAGGGAUAGGAGAGAAGAGGAGCGGUUGAGGGAUGAAGAAGACAGACGGAGAGAGGAGGAGGAGGAUAGGAGGGCAGGUCGCCGGAACUCGAAGUACACGGGCGACGGGUACCCCACCCCAACUAGGCAGGGGUCAAGACGACGACCACCUAGGCCCCCGCCGUCCGGAGUCACCAUGACCGAGACUGUGACUUCAGUAUUCUCGGACGAGUCUUCCAUUGAGCCCCGCGGCAGUACACCAUACGACCCAGCGCCGCCGGGUAUGCGGCCGCCUCCACCAGGCCCAACCCAGGUCUCUGGGGCCCCUCCUGUGCCGGGAGCCUACGGGGGGCCGCCCCCGGCCCCCAGGCCAGCGCCCAUCCCAGUCGCAGGUACCAUACCUGGGCAACCUCCGCGAUACGAUCCUGGCGACAUCACCGACCCAGUGUCGAUGCCGCCAAUGCCAGCAGACCCCCACGGAUUCUUCCACCGCGAAUCGGACGGCAGCGAAGCCUACAAUUCCACCGCCCCUGGCCGUAGCCGUAGUAGCCGCAGACGGCGAGAGCGAGAAGUCGACCCGGCCAUCGCAGCCGCCAACGCCUCAGCCAGCGCGCUCGCCCUCGAGGAAGAAGAGCGCCGCCGUCGCGGCGAGCGCGCCCACCAGAGCCCCGUCAGCGUGCACCUGAGCAUGGCCGACAACAACCCGGGCCGCUUCACCCUGCGCCGCCUCCCGGAGGGCGAAGCCGUCGCCCACCCGGGCGGCGGCAGCAGCGGCCGCCACCGCCGCCGCGCCGACUCGGUCAGCAGCGAGUCCGGCAACGACACCCCCACCGCCGGCAGCGCCGGCAGGCGCUACCGCCGCGACCAUGGCCGCUCCUCCAGCCGCGGCCGCGCCGAGACGGCCGCCGAACAGCGCGUCGAGGCGGGCAACACCACGGGCGCCUCGGCCGACGAGCUGGACCCGCCCAACCCCGCCUUUGCGCGACGCGCCGGCGGGAAGGACUCGGCGUACUAUUCCGGCGGCGCUGCCGGCGCUGCUGCUGGUGGUAGUGGCGGUGGUGGUGGAGCGGGAGCGGGAGCGGGCCCGUCGGGCGCCGUGCCUGCUGCGGAGGCGACCAUCUCGACGCUGGACAGCCCGGCGGGCCUCAUGAGCCCCGGCGGGAGCCAUGCUACGUUUACGAGCGUGCCGAUGACGGAUGCGGGGGCCGCGGCGGAUCGGAGGAGGAGGAGGAGGUUGGAGCGCAGGGAUGGGAGUCGGCAGCCGAGUGUGGAUUAUACCUGAGCUCUCUGCGGGGGGUGAUGUAGGGUGAUAGAGAGGUGGUGGGAAGGGGGUGGUUGGUCUGUUUGUUGUUGAAGGGGGUUGGUUGUCAUUUGGCAUGGCGUUGUUUUUUUUGCGAGGGAUUGUGUUGUGCUAAACGUACGUACAGUACAGCUGCUGAUGAUGAGGGA